AAUUCAUUCAAAAUGGCCGGCUGAUCAAUAAAAGUCACCUUGGAGAUAAACAAUGGCUUUGUCAAAAUCACAAUUACCAGGUAGACCCCAACACUUUUUAGAGUGUGGUAUUGAAGACUGUGAGAGAAACUGUGAAUUUUACUGCAACCUUUGCCACACAAGAUUAUGUAAACAAUGCAGGGAUGAACAUCUGAGAAGUCCAGAAACAAAACGCCAUGAGGUAGUCCUAUACCAACAACGCAAACGACAACUGCCCACAGAAAAAUGCAAGAUCCACCCCACCAAAGAUAUAGAACUUCUUUGUGAUGAAUGUAAAAUCCCAAUUUGUUCCAAAUGCACUGCCACACAAGAACAUAGAGGUCACACAUUUACUGAUCUGGAAUCCAUUUAUACAGAGAUGUUUUCCCAUUGUCAAAGAGAAAUUGCAAAAAUUCAUGAGUAUUUCUUGCCAACAUCUCAAGAUUUACAGAGAGAAAUUAAUGAAGAUACCAAAGAAAUCAAGAAGAUCAUGGACAAGUUAAGAACCUCCAUGAAGGCUGAAGCUGAAUCCCUAAAAUGUAUGGUGGACUCGGUGACUUCUGAAAAUAUGGAAGAAGUGAACAAGAUAGAGCAGUCAUUAUUGGAAAAACUAAAUAACCAAGAUACAACAAUAGAAAAGUAUAUUACCUACCUCAAUGACCUGGAUAAAAAGUUCCAUGUUUAUAUGUCCUCUUUAAAACCUACAAAACUUGUUACUGCAGAGGAUAUGCAAUUCCAACCCAUACCAGAUACAAGAAAACCAGUGGUGCCUAUAUUUACUGCUGGGAAGUGCAGCAAAAAGGAUGUUGCCAAAUUACUGGGACAAAUAACUUUUCCAAACAUUGAAAAAGAGAUGAGAAGAGUACAACCCCUAGAAUCAAAAAUCCCUUCACAUCUGAAAUCAACAAGCUACGUGUAUCAAGUAAUGGAAGACAGUCAACAAUUAUCUAACAUAAAACAAACAUUGUCUCUAUCUUCCUCUGUCACUGAGGUCAGGGAGUUCAAUGUACCAGGUGUUAAAAAAGUGUUCCAUAUAUCACAAGAUCAGUCAGACAGACUCUGGGUCAGUGACAGGAAUGGUAACCUUGUCCAAACAGAUCUACAGGGGAAUCAGAUACAGAAGAUAAAAACCAGUGGGGUAUUUGGAUACCACACAGUGACACAGAAUGAGGAUCUUAUCUUUACAGUCGAUAACAAGAAAGUCAUCAAUAGGAUAACACAGGAUAACAAUAUCACUGAAUUCAUUAGAACAGACUGGGUACCAUGCAGCAUACACUCCUCCCACAUCAAUGGGGACAUACUGGUGGGGAUGAUGAUGGGUGACGAGGCUAAACUGACCAGGUACAACAAGACAGGGAAAGAACUACAGAACAUAGAGAGAGAUAACAAAGGACAAGGACUGUAUAGUCAACCAUUCUACAUAACAGAAAACAUCAAUGGAGAUAUCUGUACAUCAGACUACGAAAAAGAGGCAGUAGUGGUGGUGAUUAAAUCAGGACAACACAGAUUCUCCUACACAGGUCAGGAGUCAGGGUUCAUUCCCUUAGGAAUCUGUACUGAUGUCCUUGGUCACAUACUGGUUUGUGAUAUUAACAAUGUUCACCUCCUUGAUCAGGAUGGUCAGUUUUUAUCUCUACUAGUCACGCGAGAAAGAGGGAUUUAUCCUAUCAGUGUAUGUGUGGAUGAUGAGAACAUUCUUUAUGUGGGACAAAAUCGUAACAAUACAGUUAUAGUAAUUAAAUAUCUCCAAUCAAUGAACAUAGAAUAGUGUACCAUUUUUCACUUGAAGUUCGUAUAUCUUUCUUUUAUUCUCUGUAUUAUAGAGGAUAUUCAAUGUUUUAUUUCACAAAAGGGAUAGGAUUUUUAA